UUGAAGAAAGAAUGCUUUUGGGUGGUGGGUACGUGGAGAAGAUGCGGUCCAUCCAGCUGUCCCUCGGAAUGCUAGCCAUCUUGACCAUGACUGUGUAUGUCCCAUCUACACAUGGAGUGCCUUUUUUCCUACUAGGUAAGCUGGAAUACAGGCUAGAUGACACAGAUAACCGAGUGCUUCCGGAGAGAGAAGACACAAAUCACAAGGACACAUUGCUUCCUCUGCUUAAUAAGAAGUUUGCAUGGAGGACUCCAGGAAAUUUUGACUGGGAGCUGGCAAAGAAAUUUGACGACUUUGAACAGCUGUUGAAGUUUAAGGAUCAGCUCUCAGCUGAGGAAGGGUCAGAGGUGGCCGAUGCCUUGGAAAGUCUCUCAGCAUCCCAGCCCAAAAAACGUGCCUGCUUUUGGAAAUACUGCAUCUGAAGGCUUGCUAGGACUUGAAGAAGACGAUGGGUCCUUCCCCAAACUGCGUGCUGGGUGUUAAUGUGUUAAGAGUUUGUUCUGUUCUCUCAUCUUGUUGCUAACUUAGAUGCCACCCUCUGUGACUGCACCACAGCCAAGUCUAAGAGGCACCAUGAUAGGUGCAGGAAGCUCCCUGCCACCUCUGCUGCUCCUUUCCAUGCCUCACCUUCCACAGUCUCCUGCUUGGAAGAUGCUCCCCAACUUCACUUGCUGUGCCAUUCAGACUGCUGCCACCAUACAUUCUUGCCCUUCUCACCAGGUCCCCAAAGGCACCAAAAACCAACCCAGUCCCCUGAGCUCAGCCCUCUGCCCACGUGCAGACGUCGCUCACGGUGUGACCUGGGUUUUGCGUUGUGUCCCAUGAGCAGGUCUCGGAAGCCCCAGCACCCUCUGAUAGGAAAGGGAGGCAGUUUGGGUGCAAUGGGAGGGCCCAGGGCUGCCUGCCUUGGCUUGCUGAGCCAGAGCUGUUGUUCCUUGUCGUGUCCCACCAACAUAUGCAGUAGGUUUGGGGGAGGACGGGCACAGAAGUCUGGAUCUUUUGGAUAUCACUCCAAUAAAGAUUUUCUGUUGCACAGAA